CCCUGUUAUUCAAUAAUAGUGACGUGAUCGUAUUUGGAGGUUAUCUUUUUCUUUUUUUUUUUUCUAUUUUUCUAACGGAAACAAAGAUUACUAUUAAUUGGCAACGAUAUCGUUUUCAAAAUUUUCUGGUAUAGUUUGCUUACAAGUCAUAGGAUACCGCCACUUAUGUCCGUUAUACCGGGUAUAUUUUAACGCUCGUAGUUACACAUUUCUCGCAUUUACACUUAAAAGUUGAAUGCCAUCAAAUAUUUUAAUAGAAGUGUUUGAUUAUCGAAAAUACGCAUUAUCUCUGUAUGUCAUACAUCGGGGAUUCUCUUCUGAUCAGUGUGUAUAUUUUCUCUUCCCUUCUCUCCAUUCCAAACGAUCGAAUCUAUUUUCUAGGAAUUUUGUGAAAAUUAGGGAAAUUAAAAUUAGGCGUCCAAGAUUUGAAAACUUGAAACUUCGUGUCCAGAGUCGACUAUUUUAUCGACACGUUAACGUAUUGUAUUGUAUUGUAUUCGUACGUAAACUGUACAAAGUUUAGUUUAACCUAACAUUCUGCAGUAAUACGAAUAAAAUAUUUUGCUUUUGAAUUAUUUCUCUUUUUCACGUGUGUGUAAAUAAAAUAAUAUGGAAAAAGCACAGCAUUUAUGGAAUGUAAAUCAAUUUAUUACGAAAUUAAAUUGUUCGCAAAGCAGAAAUUUGCAGACAUUUUACAUAGAAAAAUGUAAAAGAUUUAGUCAUGGAAUAGAGUUGUCAUCCCAAAAUUUUGGUCCGUCUGUGAUGUGUCAAUUUUGUGGAUCACUCUGGAAUACUAUGAAUUAUAGUAUUAGAAUAUUGCGAGGUAAACCACUCUCUAAGUCUAUUAAAAAAAUUAUACAUUCUAUGAAUAAUGGUGAGAAAAGAAUACCUAAAGUUCAAAGAAGUUUAGCAGAAAAAUGCAUAAAAAAUAAAAUGAACAGAUUAGUACUUAAAUGUUCAGUCUGUUUAAAAAGUACAAAGAUACCUUUUGAUAAGCCACAAAGGGAAAAGGUACAAAAGAGUGAAAUAAAAAAUAUUGAAAGUAAAGCAAAACGGAAGAAAAAGAGAACCAAGGAUAGAACUGCUGGUUUAAAUAUUUCUGGAAUUUCAAAUUCAAAUGUUACAGAGGGAUUGAAACAAACAAACAUAAGAAAAGUUGAAAGUACGACAGACACAACACCAACUCAAAAGAUAAAAAAAUUAAAUAUAAAUCGAUUGAAAGACAUAGUAAAUAAAAAAGCAACACCCCGAAAAAGGACGAGUUUACAUGGUUUUUUAACAGAGCUCUGUUGAAAAUUAGUUUAUUAUUAAAGUGUCUUAUAAAAUGUUUUAUAAACACAAAUUCUCAUUUAUUACAUAGAAAACAUUCGUCACGCUUUCUUUACGAAAAAAAAAGAAAAACGAAAAACAGAGAGAAUGAAGAAUAAAAAGACUGAUAUUUAGUUUUUCAAAGUCCUAUUCUAAAAGACAUUAUUUUUGUACAUUAAAUACUAAAAAGUGUUCAAUCUUUGGUUACUUUAAUCGUCAAUUGUUCUAUACAGCAUUGUCCAUACGAUGAAAUAAAUAUAUCAUGAUGCAUCAAAA